UCAUGCAGUCGGUCGUCUCAAAUCGGGCACUGCACAGGACCGCGCACAUUCUGUGCGAGUGAGCGACCAAAGGUGCUCCGCUGACGCUCCGAUUCAUCUCAAUAAAUUUGAAAAUAUGCUAAUUCUUCAAUCUGACCUCGUCACACCUUGAUAGGAGUUCCACAAUUCGUUUCAGAUCUACUCGAUAAUCUGUGGUGGAAGCUACUGACAGUGAUUCUUAGUGAUUUAUUGAUAACAGUGAAGAAUCGACCGCCACUCAGCAUGAAGCAAUCGUCAAGAAUGUUGAUCCUGUUGUUGGUAGUAGCUAUACAAUGUAAAGCGUUCGACGAUGGUAAAUAUAGCCCAAAAAAAUAUAGAGUCAACGAUGACGGUAAAUACUAUAGGCCGCUAGAUGAGGGCAAAUACAUCCCUGGUGAUGAGGGGAAAUAUACCUAUAUUUACAGAAACACAUUAUAUCCAGCGUUUCCAUACAUUCAUAAGGAAGGUCCUUCGGGUGGGUUUGGAGGCAACGGUGGGAAUGGAGGGGAUGGCUCUUACGGAGGUAAUGGACCCAACGGUCCUGAUGGCAUUGAUGAAUCACAGAGAAUUGAGUAUAUUGGACAUAAAAUUUACGCCGAGAGAUACCCCUACAUUCACAAAGUAAUAAAGGCUUUAGUAGACAAAUAUGUAUCAACAGAAAACUUGUUUGGGGAAACCUCUGAAGGAAGCUCGAAUCAUUACAGUCAAGUGCACGCUGAUAAGGAAUCUGCUGUUAAAUGCCACUAUCUGUCACCGAAUCAAGAAGACGGCGAAUUUGUGACUCAGUACCCACCUCGAUUGGAAUUAAACAAAUCGGAAAAAGUAGGCACGUACUACGGCUAUAAGGGAUCUAAAAUACUUAAUACUGUCAAAAACUCACUAAGCACUAAAAUUAAAUUAGAAUACGAAGUAUUUGUAAGAGUUGUAGAAAUUACAGAAUAAUGACUGUUUAAUUGAAAUUAAUUUAUUUGAAAGCCUAUGAAAAUUGUA